AUGGUGCAACAGGAAAUGUUUUCCGAAGACCUUGCCGACUUGAGAGGCGAACGACAGCUGUCAAGGAAAAGUAACUUGCGAUCUCUGAACCCCUUCCUGGAUGAAGAGAAUUUGAUACGGGUAGGAGGAAGACUUCGACACGCGAGUAUACCAGACAAUCAGAAGCAUCCUAUCGUGCUGCCAGCAAGGCAUCGAGUGACCAAUUUAAUUAUGCGCGAGGAGCACUUGCGCCUACUGCAUUGUCCGCCCGAGCAGCUUCUUAACGCGGUGAGACAACGUUAUUGGCCCUUAAGCGGUCGAAGAGAGGCACGCAAGAUAGUGAGAAGCUGUGUGAGCUGCUUUCGGUUUCGACCGACAGUUCCUGAAUUGAAGAUGGGAGAUCUGCCCAAGCAGAGAGUGACCGGUCUCGGCAGACCAUUCAGAAGUACCGGUGUUGAUUAUGCGGGCCCUCUACAGCUCCGUGAGAGUCGACGCCGAGGAAGAAUCCACAUCUCAAAAGGCUAUAUAGCGAUAUUUACCUGCCUGAGCACUAAGGCGGUUCAUAUCGAGCUUGUCUCAGAUAUGACAACGGAGGCAUAUUUAGCGGCUUUAAACCGUUUCACAGCCCGUCGCGGGAUUUGUUCGGAGAUAUUCUCAGAUAAUGGGACAAAUUUCGUGGGAGCGGCUCGAGAAUUGAAGGAGGUGUACACGUUCCUGAAGAGGAAGGGCUCAGAAAUAGAAGACAACCUGGCUCGUCGGCGAAUAAAGUGGAGCUUCAUUCCUCCACACGCCCCGCAUUUCGGGGGCAUUUGGGAGGCGGCGCACAGUGGGGCGAAUGUCUCAUUUUUCGGUCAUUUGCUUAUAACUUCUACAUUUUUUAACGGAAUAAUUUCAAAUUUGGCUUAA